AUGCAGGAAGACUUACAGUCGAUUGGCUUUGCAGCUGGCCAGUUACGUGGGAACUUGCCUGGAGUCAUGACGCAGAUCUACUCUGCCGCUCCAGCCCCGCUGUUGUGCACCCUCGCUGCGCUGUUCGAAAUGUCUCUGUCAGUGGACCAUGUACCGAUGCUGCUUUGGUCAACUCAGAGAUCACAGUGGAAUCCAGACAGUGAUUUGCAUGAAGGACAUGUUGUCUCAGCACAGGAGCUGACUGUACUCUUGCAACCUGUUUUUACCCAGAAUUCAAGAAACCUCAUCUUGUUCCUGCAAGACACACUUAGCAUAGAUGAUUUCACAUACUUCAGUGAAUCCUACAGUAACAAGAAUCCAUUUCAAAAUGUUCAGGAAAUUCUUCAGUCUUCUCCUUCAUCUUUAGUUUUGCCAGCUGUUGACUGCGAGGCUACCAGGUAUCUUCUGAGAUUUCUUCAGGGGUCAGGAGAUUGGAAGCUAACAAACAUAACUAAUCUCGAUGCCUCUCAUCUGGAAGUGAAUACAUCUAAACCAAACUUACUGGUGGUUCAGCUACAACCACUUGUCAGUGGUUUAAAUGAGAUUUCCACCCUAGAAGCAAUUGCUGAAAAUGACAAAAUAAUUGGAAGACUGACCAUGGAUCUGCAGGAACGAGGGAUUCAUUUUUCAGUAAUUUAUACUGCAGUGAGACCUUCAAGGAUUUCUAGAAGAACUGAUGUGCUGGGGGAAUUAAGACGACAAUUAAUGGCCACUGAGGAAGAAUUCAGUUUAUCAUAUUCUCCUCUGAAUGUGACCUCUGGAAAUGAUAUAUGCAUCCUUUUUUACGCGAGUAAUUUCAGCCUCAAAGCCAAUGGUUCAGUUUUUAUAGAUUUGACAAAUGCAACAUUUGUAACCCAGAAUGUGGAUGUUUCUUCCUCUGAGUGCUCAGACAUCAACACAACACUGUCAUUAAAAUACACAAAGCCAGUGAAUGGAAUCAGCAGCCUAGAGAUAAGAUUUGUCAUUAGUCAUCUGUUUGUUAAAAUCGUUUAA